AUGGGGAAAUUUCGUCGUGCGCGUGUGAGGAUAUUGAGCAAAUUGAUGACGCCUGAACAGUUGGCUGUGCGUCAAGGGUAUUCCAUGUUUCGUGCCGAGCAACAUGGGCAAUGUCAAUCGUCCGACGUAGUUGCUCCGCGGCUUGUCGUAGAACAUUCAAACGAGCAGGCUUCGCAGCAACUGGAGCCAGAGCGAAUUAUAAGGGAGUUCGAUGAAGGCAGGUUUAGUAACGAAACAAUCGCCGCAGAAGAAAGGAGCGGAAGAAGCCGAAGCAAAGAUGACUUGGUACUGCUCAUGGCACUCGAUUUUGUGCUUAGAGAUGCAUCGGUGCGUGAACGACGGCAGCAGUCAUAUGUAAUUAAAGCGUUAACGGGGGAAGAUGUGGAUUUGCUAGCCGCUGAAAAUUAUUUGGAAAAAACAAUACGACUGCAAAACUUCGACGCAUGCACUCGCGAACAAGGCCAAUUUUGUUGCAGGCAUAUCUCGCAGCUGCUGGAGGUUAGGGAACGAAAAAUGGCAACAACGAUGACUGCGGUUAUGCUAAAAAAUUUAUGGUGA